CAGCUACUGCUGCUACUCGCCAUACCGUUUAUACUGGCCACCAGCAAUGAGGAGGAAGUGCCACAGCACCAGGCUAAUGUGAUCAAUACCCAUUCAUGCUAUCCAGACAUGUGUGCUAUCCUAGCAGAACUCAGUUCCAUACAGACCAGACUGGCAUUAGCAGAGGCAGAGGUGCAGGAGCUGAAGAGGGACAACACAGUUCAAGCACUAGAGAUUCAAGCUCUGAAGCACCGGUCAAACUUCACAGAGGCUGAGCUGAGAGAACACAGCAGACUACUGGAGAAAUUUGGCAGAGGGAAGGUAGCGUUCUCUGCCUCCAUUGGGGGUAGGGGGCACACAGGCCCAUAUAAUGUAGAGACAACUCUAAAGUACAAGAAUGUGUUCACUAACAUAGGCAAUUCCUAUUACCCAGCCACAGGAAUAUUUGUUGCUCCAAUCACAGGAAUUUACUAUUUCCACUUCUGCUAUCAUGCUAGCCAACAGAAUGGAGCAGCAAUUGCCUUAUACAAGAAUAGCACAUUGGUAGCCUCAGCCUCAAGUCACGAUACGGACACCACUAGCCCUGAGAACGGAUCGAAUGGUGUUGCAUUGCAGCUGGUGGAGGGGGAUCAAGUCUAUGUCAAUCUACGAGCAAACACUUGGGUUUGGGAUGGACCAUACCAUGAUACUGUGUUCACAGGUUUUCUGGUCAACCAUUUCUGAUGCAAACAAAUAGCUCACACUAUUUCAUUUCAUUAUUUGAAAACACAUAUCUUGAGAUGUUUGUCAACAAGAGUAUGUUAGAAAAUAUCUUGCACAAAAUGUAAAACUAAAAAUUUUAUGAACCACUGU